UCAUAACCAGUCCAAUGGAGUUCUGAUGCAGUGACCUAGCUGAGAAUCCCACACCAGUGUCUUAACGACUCAGGAGAGAUCGCUCAUGAUUCUUUCAUGAAUCAUUUUCAUUCUUCAAACUAAUCCAUCUUUAAUUAUGUCUACGAAAUCAAUUCAGAGCUUUUCAUUUUUAUAUCAUGUUUCAAUUAUCAUACUGAGUCAACUCGUGAUUUGCUCCGAGUCAGCUCCUCAGGCCUUCCGGAGAGACCCAGGACAUCCUCAGUGGCACCAUGGCGCAUUUCACGAUGUCAGAGACAGCGUCCGAUCUGAUGUUCGCCGCAUGCUUCACACUCGCGCCGAGGUUCCAUUCCAGGUUCCACUGGAGGUCAAUGUCGUGCUUAUUGGAUUUAAUGGAGAUGGAGGAUAUAGAUACUCCUUAGACACACACAAAUUGGAAGAGUUUUUGAGAACCAGCUUUCCUUCCCAUAGACCUUCAUGCCUAGAGACUGGAGAGCCUCUCGAUAUAGAGCAUCACAUUGUCUAUAACGCAUUUCCUGCUGGGCAGCCAGAAUUAAUUGCGCUUGAGAAGGCACUGAAGGAGGCUAUGAUUCCUGCUGGGACUGCAAGAGAGACUGAUUUUGGAAGGGAGGUGCCGUUGUUUGAGGUGGAGGCCACAAUUGUCGAGCCUGUAUUUCACAAAUUGUAUUCUUACAUAUUUGACAUGGAAGGUAUGGGUUACAAGGAGAAUGAUAGACCUGUUCCUAAUGCAAUCUUUGUUGUCAAUUUUGAUAAGGUAAGAAUGGAUCCUAGAAAUAAGGAAAUUGACCUUGAUAGCUUAAUGUAUGGGAAAAUCACCCAGUUAACCAAUGAGGACAAGGUUAAACAAGAAGGCGACUACAUUUAUCGUUAUAGAUACAACGGGGGAGGGGCAACUCAAGUUUGGCUGAGCUCAGACAGAUUUGUUGUGAUUGACCUGUCAGCAGGCCCUUGCACUUAUGGGAAGAUUGAAACUGAAGAGGGAAGUGUCAGUUCUAGAACAUUGCCGCGGAUACGGAACUUGAUGGUCCCUAGAGGUGUUGGUGCAAUUAGUGAUCACACAUCUCCUGAUAUUUUUGCUGGACAACUUUCUGCUCUAAUAGCAACCACAGUUGAGCAUCUUAUAGCUCCAGAUGUUAGGUUUGAGACAGUUGACCUGGCAACUAGGUUACUAAUACCAAUCAUUGUGCUUCAAAACCAUAAUAGAUAUAAUAUCAUGGAUAAGGGCCAUAAUUACAGCUUACACAUUGAAGAAAUUGAAUCAGAGGUGAGGAAAAUGGUACACGAUGGUCAAGAAGUUGUAAUUGUAGGUGGUUCACAUGCAUUACAUCGUCAUGAGAAGUUGGCUAUUGCUGUUUCAAAAGCAAUGCGAGGGCAUUCCUUGCAAGAAACUAAAAGUGAUGGGCGCUUCCAUGUUCAUACCAAGACAUAUCUAGAUGGCGCUAUACUUAAAGAGGAAAUGGAGCAGUCUGCUGAUGUGCUUGCUGCAGGUUUAGUUGAGUUGGCUGACCCAUCUCUUUCAAGUAAAUUUUUUCUCCGCCAGCACUGGAUGGAAGAAUCUGAUGGUUCAGGUGAUUCCAUUCUUAAGCAUAAACCAUUAUGGGCCAGUUAUAAUUCAAGAAGUGACAAGGAAAAGAAGAAGAAUAAGAAGAAAGACCAGAAGAAACAAGGGGAUCUCCACCACACUUAUGGAACGAGAGUUAUUCCAGUCUUUGUGCUAUCCUUGGCUGAUGUAGACCCAGACCUUAUGAUGGAGGAUGAUACCCUUGUUUGGACGAGCAAUGAUGUUGUCAUUGUGCUUGAGCAUCAACAUGAAAAGAUACCUUUGAGUUAUGUUUCAGAAACAGAAAGAAGGCAUGCCUUGCCAUCGCUAGCACAGCGACAUAUAUUGGCAGGGCUUGCUUCUGCUGUUGGUGGGUUGAGUGCACCGUAUCAGAAAGCAUCGCAUGUACAUGAAAGGCCAAUUGUAAAUUGGCUCUGGGCAGCUGGUUGUCAUCCAUUUGGGCCAUUCUCUAACACUUCUAAAAUCAGUAAAUUGCUGCAGGAUGUUGCCUUGAGGAACACAAUAUAUGCUCGUGUGGAUUCUGCACUUCGUAGGAUUCGUGAUACAUCUGGGGCUGUCCAAGCUUUUGCUUCGGAAUACCUGAAAACCCCUGUUGGUGAACCUGUGAAAGGCAAGAAAAACAAAACAACUACAGAACUCUGGUUAGAAAAGUUCUACAGGAAAACCACCAACCUGCCUGAACCUUUUCCACAUGAAUUAGUUGAGAGAUUGGAGAAAUACCUUGAUGGUCUUGAGGAACAGCUUGUAGAUCUUUCUUCUUUGUUGUAUGAUCACCGGUUACAAGAUGCACAUUUGAAUAGUUCAGAAAUUCUUCAGAGCUCAAUGUUUACCCAGCAGUACGUAGAUCAUGUUCUGGCAAACGAAAGAGAUAAAAUGAGAUGCUGUGAAAUUGAGUUCAAGUAUCCUGUGCACUCGUCACAAACUUACGUCUAUGGGGGGAUCCUUCUAGCUGGGUUUAUUGUUUAUUUUAUUGUCAUUUUCUUUUCCAAUCCUGUCCGUUGAUGGUAAACUGUGCAAUGAAAGAUUUUUUACAGGCAUAGAUGCUCAACUUGAAAUAGAAAAUGCAUGUAAAUGAAAAGAAAAUUUUGACUUCUUUGUAGCAUUUUAUAUAAUGUAAUUUUAACACAUUAGAAUAUUUACUAGGAAACCAUGAAAUAGAUUGUAUAAGUGGAUGGGUUUAUGAAUUAAAAUGGUUAAUUUUUGGAAA